GUCUUUCAGUGAGAAAUAUGUAAGCUAUGAUAAAUGGAAUAUACUUUUGAACUUGUUCACUUUUAUGAUAGUUUUGAUUUAAACUAUGCAAAUUUGAUUAGUCUGGUUCUGGAGUUCUUUAAACUUAUGAAUGAGGUUGAGAAUGAGGACCUUGUCUUUAUUUUGGAGACUAUAGUGGAUAAGUUUGGGGAGGAGAUGGCACCUUAAGCUCUUGGGUUAUGCCAAAAUUUGCUGCAUUUUGGAGGUGCAUGAACACAGCUGAAGCUGAAGAUGAAGCUGAUGAUCCUGGUGCUUUGGCUGCAGUUUGCUGUUUGCGUGCCAUUAGCACAAUUCUUGAAUCAGUGAGCAGGCUUCCUCAACUUUUUGUCCAAGUUGAACCAACUGUGGUCCCUAUUAUGCAUAGAAUGUUAACAAGUGAUGACCAAGGACCUUGUGUAUGCUUCCGAAGGCAGCUCAGGUUCAUGUGCACCGUAGUGGUAUGAUUUCUGCCUAUGAUCUGUACGAACUAUUUAUGUACGGAAUGGUAUGUCUAUUCACUUUGCACUAAAAAGAAUAGAACACUAGGUUAGUU